CUUAAUUCGAAGAAAUAUUGUAUUUAGGAAAACAGAAGGCUCCCAUACUGGCUGAUCUGUCAACUUGUUUAAUCAGCACUAAGUGGAAAGAUACACUUCACUUCAUUCAGGCACAUCAUGGACCAGAUGUCUGUCUGUUCAGAUCUAAAAAGUUCCAACAAGAUGCUUUCCCAAAGCCUUUUCAACUUGACAGUUCUAGUAGGUUUUACUCAGUUAUGCUUGGAAAAAGAUGGAAGUUGAAGAUAAUCGCACAUUGCUUACUGAUUUUGUGAUAGUUGGGUUUACAACAGAACCAUUUCUACGCACAAUUCUCUUUGUGGUGUUUUUGGCAUUGUACAUCCUAACACUGACUGGGAACCUGGGCCUCAUGACACUAAUCUACCUGGACUCCCGCUUGCACACACCCAUGUACUUCUUUGUGGGCAGCCUUUCCUUCCUGGAUGUCUGGUAUUCUUCAGUAUACAUUCCUCGGAUCUUAUAUGAUUCUUUGUCCAAGAACAACCACAUUUCCUUAGCAGGUUGUGCAACCCAGUUCUUCUUCUCUGCUACAGCUGGUGGGAGUGAAUGCUUCCUAUUGGCCUUCAUGGCCUAUGACCGCUUUGUGGCCAUCUGCCACCCACUCCUUUAUGCCACUGCCAUGCCCAAGAAGCUCUGUGUCCAGCUGGUGCUGGGAGCCUAUGCAGUGGGGUUUGCCAAUGCUAUAAUACACACUGGUAACACCUUCCGCCUACACUUCUGUGGUAGUAAUAUCAUCAACCACUACUUUUGUGAUGUGCCACCACUUAUGAAGAUGGCCUGUGAUGACAAAGGAGUAUAUGAAAUCAUCCUCACUACUGUCAUUGGCUUCACUUUGCUGGCAGCCACUGCUGUCAUUGUGAAGUCCUACAUUAGUAUUGUGGCAGCCAUUAUUCGCAUCCGUUCGGCUGCAGGGAGACGCAAGGCUUUCUCCACUUGCUCAGCUCAUCUGCUCUCUGUCUCCCUCUACUAUGGCUCCAUGCUCAUUACAUACUCCGCACCCAACUCUCACCACACUGUAGACUGGGACAAGAUAAAUGCACUGUUCUAUACAGUAAUCAACCCUCUGGUCAACCCUUUGAUUUACAGCUUACGCAACAAAGAUGUGAAGGCAGCCUUCAAGAAAGUCUGGGGGAAAUUCACAGCACACAAAUGAAUGGCAAACUCCUUCUUUAGGGUAGACUGCCUAAAGGAGAAAAAUUAAACUCUAGUCUCCAAUGCCCUCCAGCCAGUUUCUUUCUGUCCUCCUUCCCUCACUUCCUUCCUUGUUAAGACAAAGUGGAGAAAGUCAUAGAGAGAGAAGACUUAAGGUCAAAGAUUAGCAAUCAUCUCCUAUGCCAGUGAUGGCGAACCUUUUAGAGACCAAGUGCCCAAACUGAAACCCCAAACCCACUUAUGUAUUGUGGGUGCCGGGUGGGCGUGGCCCAUUGUCUGGGUGUGGCCAAUUGGGUGG